AUACCAUGAAGCAUUGGCUAUUUACAACAAAACAGGAUCAAUACACAAUCAUGGAUACAGACCACAAUGGAACAACACUUAUGACAACGGCUACGUAAUGAUCUUGGACUGUUGCGACGGUUAUCAGCGGAACGCAAUCACAAACCAGUGUGAGUACGCAUCAACUGACUGUCGAACGGGGUGCUUCGGGGGAAGAUGCGUAUCUGGACAAUGCACAUGCGACUCUGGUUGGUACCCAGUGGAAGGUGUUUGCAAGCCGAUUUGCCGGCGUCCUUGUGGCGAGAAUGCUUAUUGCUUUUCACCGGAAGUCUGCGAGUGUAAACUUGGGUGGGAGCGAGAUUCGCCUCAGGGUGUUUGCAGACCCGUGUGUCCCGGAGGAUGUGUCAAUGGAGACUGUAUCGCGCCUCAUGUAUGUCAAUGUCGACCCGGAUACACUUUGAACGGCACUCGCGAAAGAUGUGAUGCUAUUUGCGAGGGUGGUUGUCACAAUGGCGACUGCAUUACUCCUGGAGUUUGUAAUUGUCAUCCCGGAUUCAAAAAUCCACCCGGAGAACGCGAAUUAUGCGUUCCAGAUUGCGGUCCGUGUGAAAAUGGCCGCUGCGUUUCUUCAGGAUUCUGCGAAUGCAAACCAGGAUACCGUAAAGAUCCUGCAUCAGAGACAUGCAUCGCAGAGUGUCGAAGCGGAUGUCCCGUUAACGGGCACUGUGUUGCACCAGAUAGAUGUGAUUGCUACAAUGGAUAUCGUCUAGAUUACGCGAGUAAUCAAUGUGUGCCUCUAAAUUAUCAGCCGCGUGGUUAUCGACCGGAUAAUUAUCAACCGAACACUUAUCAUCCUGAGAAUCAGGGGGGGAUUUACAGGCCUAAUCAACAAGGGAAUCCCCAGGACUGCGAUCGUCCUUGUGUCAACGGAGUCUGCAUGGGCUACAAUAUUUGCAGCUGUAAGAAUGGUUACACACCAGACCCUGAGGAUUUAUCUAGGACCAAAUGUGUACCUUCGUGUCCUGGAGGGUGUCCCAAUGGUGUUUGCUCUGGACCCAAUUUCUGCAUUUGCAAGCCUGGAUUCGUCAAAGAUCGAGGUGUCAAAGGCUCGCAAAGAUGUAUACCUCAGUAUAAUUAAUCAUUACUGAUAAUUGUAUUAUAAUUAUAAUAACCUCUAACUCAAAAUGUUAAAUUUAAG